AAAAAUUAGAUCAAAUGAAAGAAUGAAUUAAUUACGAAUUUUUCCGUUGCUCGUUUAAACACCAUUAAUUUAAUCUGUUUUCGAUGAUCGCCAAUACGAUAAUCGUGCAUCACUCGCUAUCUAUUCGCGUCAAAAAAUUUGACUCAAAAUUAAGAUUUACUUGCUUGAACAGUUGUUUUUAUUUUCAAUGAAAAAUGGCGCGAUGCAACUUAUUCUACCUGGAGUAAAAUACUGGAAUUGGUUUCGUCGGUUUUUAUGGUAAUAAUGAUUAUCCCUAACGUGCAUCCACUGAAAUCAACAAUAGAAAAGGCAACCGUAAUUGUGAACACACCGAAAAAUAAAUAAGUGCUCUGUUUAAAGCAUGAAUGUAUGUUAAAACACAGCGAAGAAUAAAAUGACUAAUCCUCGCUGCGAAUGGUGAGUUUCGUUCGAUGUACGCACCAAUGGCAUAAUAUUACGAAAAAAUGCCAGGUUGCGUAGAAAAACAAAUUAGAGGAGGGUUGACUGCUAUUUUAUGUCGAUUGCCAUUGUAUUUGACUGUUUAUGUUUCGUGUCUGCUUCGACUGGAGCACAACCGCAGUAGUGCGGAUAUCUCUUGAUGAUUGCUAGUAUCGUCAUUGUCGAUGGCACUGUGAAUUCAUCACCAUUGCGUUUGGGGUUUCAGAAUGCGGCAGGAAAAAAGACAAGGAAAACGGACCUGAAGAUUUGGCGAAUGAAAAUCCAACUUCGAUGUUUUGAACAUGUCGAUCCAUUUGAUGAAAGCUGUUUUGGAACUGUGUAAAAUCAAAUUCACGACAUACUGAGAAUUGUGGCUAAAUUACUCUCAACCGCCUGAAGGCUCCCAAUAAUUUUCCUGCCGUAAAGAUUCUUCAUUCACUACGCUAUCUACCAACAAACCAAACAACAAUAACGACGAAAACAGCAACAAAAUCACCGUAGCUGCAACCACCGUACAUGGCGUGUACUGCUCGUGAACGUAGCCGUUGACAAUACAAAUACAAAUACAAAUACAAAUACAUUUACACGCUCAGUCUCUCGCACACAUUGCAUGCGUAUGUAGUUGUUAUGUAUUCUUUCGUCGUAUGGCGGUUGACUGAUUCUAAAUUGACUGCUUUUGCGUUUACUGAUUCAACAACACUGAUUCGACGCUGCUACGUGUUUGUGUGCACAUUCUGUGUAGUCUAUGAUGACUUCUAAUAGGGAAAAGAAACACGAAAACAUUUUGUGAGACGUUCAGUUUGAUUUUGGUCGUUACCGUCGCUGUUCGUGUUUUUACGUUUUUCUGUGUAUGUAUCAAAAUCAGAGACAUUUCUGCUCUGCAUCGACAUCGACCAAAUGUUAUAUGUCGAGCGUAUUUGUGUUGUGGAUUUUUGGAUGUUUUGAUUAAUUUAACAUUUAUCAACGGUUUCAUAGUUUUGAAGGAAAAAUUGUGUUUUCGACAGUUAAAGUGUUCUAUAUGCUAAGUGGAUUUUUUCAGUGCAUUUUUAGUUACAAAGUUUUUAGUAAUAUUUAUUGUACUUGCUGUGAGCAAUGAGAAGAAAUGCAAUGCCAAUCAGUCAUGGAAGGAAAUAACAUGAAAUGAAAUAAAACUGUUUACAAAGAUUGGCAAAAAAAAAUUAAAAGAAAAUCAACGAAAAUAUUUUUGGAUGGAAAAAGUUGAGUGAGGAAAGAAUUUAAAAACCAAUUCAAAUCGAACGAAGUGUUCAGUUUGUAUGUUUGAGAAGAAGAAAAUCAAUUUUGUGAAUUUAUUUGCUAUUUCGGUCAACUGGAACAAAAGAACUAAGGCUAAAUUAGUUUAGCAGAGGAUCAAAGCAAAAACAUGUUUUUCUGAAACGGUUCAAAUAUUAUGAAUACUAUAUCCUCAACGCCACCAUCACCACCUGUUUCUGUAGCAAUGGCAGUAACAACCACAAUUCCUCCAGGCGCACGAAGUUCAUCGCCUUGUUCAGCCGCUUCAGGGCCACCACCAGCAAACCGCUGUUGCGAUUCUGGGCGACCUUUAUUCACAGAUCCAACAACAGGACAAACAAUUUGCUCAUGUCAACAUGAACAAAUGCUAAAUUACCAGCGAAUUGCACAAGCAAGUUUGAUGGGACCUGGCGGAAUGCCACUCUCAAUAUAUAAUUCGGCUGCGUAUGCCGAAGGUCUUCCAGCCGCCGCAUAUAUGCCUGGAGUAGGACCAGAACAAUUUCACUAUACUGGAUUAGAGCUAAAGGAAAAUUUGGCAUCUGGUGCACCAUGGGCUUAUCCGUAUCCGUAUCCAUACGACCCAUCAUUGGGACCAUACGCAUUCAAUGGUUAUGGAAUGGAAUUGAAUGGGGCGCGUAGAAAAAAUGCAACUCGUGAAACUACAAGUGUACUCAAAGCAUGGCUCAGUGAACAUAAAAAGAACCCAUAUCCCACCAAAGGUGAAAAAAUUAUGUUAGCGAUCAUUACAAAGAUGACGCUAACACAGGUUUCGACUUGGUUUGCAAAUGCUCGCCGGCGACUGAAAAAAGAAAAUAAGAUGACAUGGUCACCGAAAAAUCGAGUCGAUGACGAUGAUGCCAAUGUGGUAGAUGAUGAUGAGGAUGAUGAUGAUGAUGAUGACAAUGAACAAGAUGAAAAAAGUAGAAAUGGAAAAGAUUUAUUAGAUUCGAAAGACAGUGGCACCGUGUCAAGCGAAGAAGGUGACAUGAAUAAAAUGCAACGCCUUAACGAAUCUCGACCUGGGAGCACAUCGCCGGAUAUUCGUUCAUCAGGCGGAGGAGGUUAUCCAUUAUAUCAUCCAGCUAGUUUAUAUUAUCGACAACCGGUCGAUAUGAAGCAUACACCUGGCGGCAGUACAAAUCAUAGUAUCAAUAGUAAGCCACGGAUAUGGUCGUUGGCUGAUAUGGCAAGCAAAGAAGAGAAACAGCCAAAUGAUACAAAGCAAAGCCCACCAAAUGCAACAUUGCCAGGACUGUACCCAUCAUCAGCUGGUAAGAUUAUAUCACCACUUCCGAGUCGCAUGCAUUACGCACCAUUCUUCAAACCAGACAUGGGAAAGGACAUUUACCGAAACUUUAAUCCACCCCAUUUACCUGUCCGUCAUGAGUACGGCGCCUUUUUGGAGUCAUAUCAGCGUGCUCUUGAGUCGGUACAUCCACUCUCGUCGGUCAUCUCAAAAUCCAUGGAAAAUAAUAAUCAAUCAUUUGCCCCAUUGAGCCUCACCACAAAUAACAAUAAUACAAACAGUAAUAAUAAUCAUACGGCUGGUCUGUCAGCGGCUGGUAUAUCACCAUCAGCGUCAAGUACAUCAUCAAGACCAGAAAACUCUACGCCAGUGUCAACGUUACCAUCAACUAUCGAAGCAAAUGUAGUCAUUCAUUAGUAGUUGAGUAGAUACUAUGAUCAAAUCGCGUUCAGAAACAUGCGUUUCAUGAAAUUUUAUCCCUAAAAUAUUUGCUACAAAUAUGGGAACUGACAGCUCAUUCAACACAAUUGGGAAUCUACUACGCUAUUUUUUAAAUGUAAAACGGAACCUAAGUAUUGAAUGGAUGAGUUGUGGACCAUUCCUAGAUCUCAAAUCUGCUUAAAAACAAAACAGUGACAUAAAACGGGGUUGUUAUUUCCUGUUAAUAACACAACUCCCGACCAUAUGCUAAAAAUUUGAAUAUUAACCAAAAAGUUGCGAAAAUUUUCAAGAAAAAAAACCAACUCCAAUCAAAAAGGUAACAGCAGUUAGUGAAAUAGUUAAAAGAAACAAUUUAUUCAUCAAUAGAAUGCAAAAACGCCAAAAAGAAAAAUACAAAAGUCAUGUAUAUUUUCUUUCAUACUGUCUUUCUUUGCACGUGAAUUAGCUGACGGGAACAAAAAUGAUUGUAUAAGGAAAAUAACAUAUUCCUACGCACGAGAACUGUAAUCCCAAAUCUUUUGGACAAUAAUUUAAAUGUGAUUUAUUUGUAUAAACAAUAAAAGCAAAAAAAACACACAAAAACAAAAAAAGUAAACAAAAAGGCAAAAAAAUAUGUUGCAUGCAAACAUAUAUAUAUACGCGUAAUAUUAAAACAUAUGAAGUUUUAUGGAAACAUGUAAAUAAAACGAUUAUUAAAUUCAACAAUAGUCGACAGAACCAUUGGUUCAUGAAUCAUUACAUGAAUAAAUAUUUGAUAAAUGAUAUAAUAUUCAGUGCAAAUCAGGGUAUGACCACGCGGAAGCAAGACGAUUGAAAAUUUCCCUUAUUUGGAUAACGGUGAGUAGAUAAUAUGAUCAAAUUCCCCAUACUUAAAUGAAUAGCCAGAAAAAAUAGAAAACAAAACGAAAUUAAAUUAAUGAAUGGGAAAAGGUGUGAAAACAAUGUAAUGCGCGAGGUAUAUUAACCUGCGCGAUGUGUCGGUUUUAGUUUGCUAGUUAUUAUUAUUUUUUCACGAAUAAUAAACACAAUUUCAAAUUCAAAGUUUGGUCAAUGUUCCGUUGUGAUAAAUUGAUCAGAAUCAUUUUUAUCAUUUUAUAAAUCUGAUUUUUGUACCUAGAAUGUAUAUGCUUAAGCUCAAAUCAACCACCGGAAUCAAUAGGGAAGAGAAGGCAUAGAGAAAAAACUCCGAGCAUCAAUUCAUGCUCACGAUGAAAUUUUUUUGGUGUUUCAUUUUUACAAGUGCUUUGGGAAAAAGCCGAAACCGCUGAAGAAAACCAGUUUAGACAACAUUAUAGUUCAUAUGUAUUGUAAUGACUAAGUGAUUGUGAAUGUAUCAUAUUGAAAACGUGUAAAUAAUAGUAUUAAUUAAUAUCAAUAAUUUAAUUUUGUGUCGACGUAGAAUGUAGCGAAUUUUUGUUCUUAAAAUAAUCGGAAGAAUGUUAGGAAGUGAGAGAGUCCAGUAUCUUGAAAAAUCUUGAAUCGUCUGUUAAUAAGGAACCAGAAAAUUAUUUCCGCAACUUUCGCAUCCAAUAUAAAAACAAUGAAUGGCAAGUAUAUGUGUGUGCCAAUGAUACACAAGAGAAAUGAACAUCAGAACAAGCAUUUGGAUAGCUUGCAAAAUUAAUACCAUGAUAGGACAUGCAUUCAAAAUAUGCUUAAGCAACACUCAAAGCAAACAUAAAUUGAUUUCACUUAUGACUCGGUAGGGCUUGAAUUGAAAUACCACAAUUAUUUACUCUUGUUUUAUUUGUAAACAUAGUUUGAGUCAGGAAUGUCGCCGUAUAUAAUGAAACAAAAAAUGUUAUUUCUUUUUUAGCACAAGACUGUUUCACUAUACACAAUAAAAGUAAAUAUUUGUUUAAAGGGCACAUCGGCUAAAAAUCCGUAAAUCGAUCAUUCGAUCAAUAUUUGGUUUAUAAUUAAAUUUCUCUAUAUUUGAUUCAAAAUUGGAUGCGAAAUAUUCUGAAACAUUCAGGAAGUCAGAUUACAAACUAUUCACUUUUAUAAUACAUGCACGUUUGCACUGCUUAUAUUGCCAAUUGAUUAAAUUUCGUUUCUUUAGACUCAUUAUCCAUAUCAUUCAGAAUAAUUGGUUCAGUGUGAGAACACAUACAUACAAAAAACAAGAGGAGCAUGAAUGGAAAUCAAUCAUUAAAUAACCCUAUUGAUUAAUGAUAAAAUCAUACGAUAAUUUAAAACAGAAACAAUGGACAUUUCAAUGAAAUAGAAAGAAGUUAAAAAAGAAGUUAAAAAAGAAUCGACACAUCGAAAUGAUUCGACGGCCCCUCUUUCUAUGAUAAUGAAGUUUGGCAUGUUAAUAUAAGCCCAAAUUAAAUCUGAAAACUUACACAAAAGAAAUAAAAAAGUAGCGAUUCAAUAACUUGAAUUUGGCACUUGGAUGAAGAGCGGUUUAACACAAAGACAUAAAACUGAGGAAACAAAAUGUAUUCGUACAUUAACGAUAAAAACAAUAACAAUAUAUAAAUAAUAUGAUAUAUAUCAUUUAAGUCGUAAGAAAAACUGUAUGUUAAAUUGAUAGUUGCAAUAAAAAUUAUUAUUAUGAAUUUAAAAAAAUACACAAAA